UAGCUAGUUAGCUAACGCAUGUUGCCCGCAAAAUUGGCCAAGCUUCUAGUCGAUGCACUACUGUAUGUUUGAAUUCAUUUAACACCACAGCUUUAUUGAGCAAUAAAUUGUCAAACGCAAAACGUUCUCUAAACUAGAUUGCUUUUACGCCUCCAUGCUUCCGUAUGGAGUUUGUGUCGCUUGUUUAGAUGCCAGACGACGGAACAGUCAUUUUACAAGUCAGAAUGUUGAAUAAACUAAUUUCAACCUUUUCAAAAUAUCCAUAGGAAACCCUGUCUGUCCAGAGGACAUGGACUGGUCCCAGCUGUACCCGGAGUUCUUCAGCGAUCACCAGUCGACCCAAAAGGCUGCACAAGUGGAGUUUGCAGACAUCGGCUGUGGAUAUGGGGGACUUCUAGUGGAGUUAUCCCCGCUCUUUCCAAAGCAACUGAUUCUGGGCCUGGAGAUCCGUGUCAAAGUGUCUGAUUAUGUCCAGGACCGUAUCCGCUCCCUGCGUGCAGCAGAGACGGGCAGCUACCAGAACAUCGCCUGCUUACGGAGCAACGCCAUGAAGUACCUGCCCAACUUCUUCUCCAAGGGACAGCUCAGUAAGAUGUUCUUCCUGUUUCCUGACCCGCACUUCAAGAAGACCAAGCACAAGUGGAGGAUCAUCAGUCCCACUCUGUUGGCCGAGUACGCCUACACACUGAGAGUAGGGGGUUUGGUGUACACCAACACAGAUGUGGAGGAGGUGCAUCUCUGGAUGGUAAAACACUUCAGUGAGCAUCUGCUGUUCACACGGGUCCCCGAUGCAGAACUGGUUGAUGAUGUCAUCAUCAGUCGCUUGGGAACAUGCACAGAGGAGGGGAAGAAGGUGCAGAGGAAUGGAGGGAAGAACUACCUGGCAGUUUUCCGGAGGGUAGAAGACCAAAACUGAAACCCCGGUAUUACAGACAUAUCUGUUGGAUGAACUGAACUUUUUGCCUUGCUGAUAGGAGUACCAGCUCUUCCCAUGCAAGGACAGAAAAAUGGAUGACCAAAAUGACUGCUAGCAAAGAUUGUCUUAUAUUGGCAAGAUAGUCAAGUGACCCCUCCUACAAUGGAAAUACAUGUCCUCAAAGAUGGAAGGCAGGCCGGAGGAGGCGAGAUUAGGUGGGACCAUUCUAGCCAAUGAGAGGGCAGUGUGUGAACAACAUGCCAUAGAGAUAGAAGACUCGUCUUUGUAUCUAUGCCAUAAUAGUGUCUGUGACAGCAUGGGCAUCUUCAUUUUUAAAGUAGUCAAUUUUUAUCUUCUUCAUUGGCUGAUUGCUCCCAACUAAUAGGAAUCCCCACCCAGUUGACUACUUUAAAAUGGUGUAAGCCCUCAAUUGCAAUUUCCAUGCUAAAAAUGGUUAUAUCCACGAUGAGUCCUCUAUCACUGACAACAGGCUGAAAUGUUGUUAAAAGUUGCCCAAAUGCCAUGUCCACUUGUAUCCGUUUAUUCGUAACAACCAAAACAAUUACGAAACUUCUAUUAGAUAAAAUAAGCCAUACGUAGCAAAUAAUCAAUAAAAAAAGUGUUGACCAAAUUCGACACUCAUUGACUUUCAUACAAAGAUUCCUAACUUGGUGGGCUUAUUUUGGGUUGAAUAAAACCUCUCACUUUGCCUUUUCCUCUCUACAGCUAGGCUAUCUCCAGGGGUAAAACUGGGCUUGUUCAUCUUAAACUUUGGUUCAUCCCGAUUGGUGGACAGUAAUAUGAAUGUGUGGUCAUUGGUCAAGGGUUUAAAUGGCCAAACUGAAGCAUCCACCAUGACCUUUUGUGCCUGAGUUGAGAUUAUUGUGAUUAUCUGUUUUAUGUAUUGUUUUUUUUAAACUCAUGCAAGAAGAUCAACACUUUAGCCAUUAUUUACACUCAAAACCUGUUGCUAAUUAGACUGCUCACAAAGGCGUGCUAAGUUGGAGAUUAAUCUGCAAUGAAGCUUUGUAUUGAUUCAUUAUACUUUCAUGACAGCAUGAAUAAAUAUUUCUUUUUCUCAUGCCA